CCCCCAGACUCGCACCCACUCAGACGCUCUCUCUUUCAUUUAUUCAUUAUUCUCUAUUCAUUUCUUCAUUAAUCUUCCAGAUCUUUCGAAUUCCUCCUCUGGAAUCCCCAACCCCAAACAACAAGUUUUCGAAAACGAGGAAAUGGCCGACCAAGAACCCAACGCGCCGGCUCCGACGGCCACGGGAAUGAUCGUCGACGAUACGUACGAGUUCUCGGCUCCGCGCUUCUUUGACUUCAUAAAGGACGAGAGCGAAGAUGACAGGCGCAAGGCCGAGCUCUGGUUUGACUGCGCUCUCGCUUAUGCUCCUUCACCUUUUAUGCCUAAGAUCAAGGCUGGUAGAUCCUUUACGAUCGAGAGCAUGUGUGACUUUGGUGAAGCAGAGCAAAUGCAGAAUGUGAACUUGGAAUCAUCAUCUGACUUAAAAGCUGAUGAUAAGUCUAUCGAAACUAAGCCUGAUUUAGUGGCUGAUAAGUCUAUUGAAACUAAGCCUGAAUCAAAGAUCGUGCCUGCUGAAGUGGUCGAAACAAUCCCCAGGGAAGCGAAAGAAGAAAGCAACGUCUCAGCUGAUAAGAGUAUUAGCCAAGUUGAAAAAAAGGAAGACAAAUGUACCGGCGGAAAUGGAAGUGUUUUGGGUACAGUAUCUUCAAAUAAGAAAACUGCUCUGACCAGUGGUAAGGAGAAUAGUAAACCUAUCAUUCAAGUUGAAAUUGAAGCUUGCACUCCAAAACCACCCAUGAGUUAUUCCAAGAAGCACCAGACUGCUAAAAAGAUAGCAAGCAUGGUCAGAAACCCAUCAGCACUGAAGCAAAAAAGUCACUUACAAUCAUCCCAAACCAAAAACAUUAAACCAAAUAGUGUGAAAAGAGAAACACAUGUGAAGAAUGCAUCUGGAACUCCACUUUUAGUUCAGGAAAAUCAGGCGAUAAAGCGGCAGAAAUUGGACGAAGGAAGAUCUAGACAGAUUCUUAAUCCCAAACCCCACACGUUGCCCCACAAGUCAAAAUUGGGUCAUACAAGUUCUUCAGCUGCUGUGAAAAAAGAGGACCGAAAAGUUUAUGUUAGGGAACCUGCAUCACCAUUUGUUUCAAUGGCCGAAAUGAUGAAAAGGUUCCAAUCAAGUACCAGAGACUUGUCAUUGCCGCUUAUGAAACCCAAACUCACCUUGACUAGGCCUAAGGAGCCUGAAUUUGAAACAUCCCAGCGUGUUCGCUCAGUGAGAGUAAAGAGUACUGCUGAGCUUGAAGAAGAGAUGAUGGCUAAAAUUCCGAAGUUUAAGGCUCGACCAUUAAACAAAAAGAUUCUAGAAUCCCCAUCAUUGCCUGCAAUGCCAAGAAGUACGCCCCAGCCACCGGAAUUUCACGAAUUCCAUUUGGAGACAAUGGUAAGGGCCAAUCAGAAUGCAGAAACAUCCUCGAUAGCUUCAACCGAAAUGUCCCGUCAGAAUAAUCCAUGGAAGCCUCAUAAUCUUACUGAACCUAAAACCCCUAUGCUACACACAUCAUUGAGGGCUCGUCCACCCAGGGUGAAAAGUUCGUUGGAAAUUGAACAGGAAGAACUCGAAAGAAUCCCAAAAUUCAAGGCCAAGCCUUUGAAUAAGAAGAUAUUUGAAAGUAAAGGAGAUAUGGGGGUGUUCUGUAAUGCAAAGAAACAUGUGACCAAACCUCAAGAAUUCCAUUUUGCAACAAAUGAAAGGAUACCACCGCAAUCUUCGUCUGUUGUUGAUCUACUUGAUAAACUGUCGCUAAAUUCAGAACUUCACCAUGAUCCACUUCCGAGAAACACAAUGCCAAACCCAUUCCAUCUCCACACAGAGGAAAGAGGGGCCGAGAAAGAAAGGAAAUUCAUUACUGAAGUUUGGCAUAAGCAAUUGGAAGAAGAAAGAGCAAGGGUUCCAAAAGCUAAUCCAUAUCCUUAUACUACAGAUUACCCUGUGAUCCCACCCAAGCCAGAGCCCAAGCAAUGCACAAAACCAGAACCUUUCCAACUAGAGAGUUUAGUGAGGCAUGAGGAGGAAUUGCAAAGGGAAAUGGAAGAAAAACAGCGGAAGGAGAAAGAAGAAGCCCAGAUAAGAGUGUUCAAGGCACAACCAAUCUUGAAAGAGGACCCAAUUCCUGUUCCCAAAAAAGAGCGCAAGCCUCUCACCCAAGUUCAGGAGUUCAAUCUCCAAGUUGAUCAUCGAGCUGUUGAUAGAGCCGAAUUUGAUCAAAAGGUUAGGGAGAAAGAGAUGAUGUACAAGAGAUACAGAGAAGAGAGUGAGGCAGCGAGAAUGGUCGAGGAAGAAAAGGCACUGAAACAACUCAGAAGGACAUUGGUACCCCAUGCAAGGCCGGUGCCCAACUUUGAGCAUCCAUUCUGUCCCCAAAAGUGCCCCAAGGAAGCAACAAAACCGAAAUCACCACAUCUACGUGUGCUCCAGCGAAAAGAAAGACGAAAAAUGAUGAUCAACUCUGCAGUUUCCAGCGCUGCGGCACAGAUGCGAUGAAUGAAACCUUUCCCUACAUUACCGUGUGUGGCUGUUGUUCAAGAACUCUUGAACCCUGUACAAGGGCCGUUCGAGUUUAUAUGAUCCAAUUUUUACUAGCAGCAUUAGUGUACCAUUCUGUUAAAGGCGACCGAACGCAAUUCUUUUGCUGUAAAGUUUCAGUUACCAUGUAAAACCAAUUCUUAUAUCAAUGUCUAUUGCGUAAUUCUUUCA